AUGAAGAUUUUAGCAAAUGAAGAUGUUAGCAAAUGAAGAUUCUAGCAAAUGAAGAUAUGAACGAAGCGGGCAGAAAAUUUGUGCACAUUUUAGAAUAUUCUUUGCAGUCUUUUUUUGCAAUCGUUUAAGGGCCUGUUCACACGGAGGCGAGUGUCCCGGCUAACCGAGUUUCCCGGCCUUUCUAAAAAUGGUAUUCAUUACUUUAUGAGGCCCACUAGUCCUCGAGGCACCGGGACAAUUUUGCCCCUCUUUCCCCGCUCGACGGCCCUGUUUACAUUGAUCAGAUGCCGAAUAAGAUUAAACUUGCUUUGAGUUUGAAGAGUAACUUUUUGAGGUAUUAAAUGUUAUUCGAACAUAGUUCGUUUAUAAGAAGAAUCUUUGCUAUACGCAAAACUGCUGAGAGCCAACUAAAUGCAGCUUGCGGUGAUGCGAAAUGGUAUAUUAAGCUAUCUCGUACCAACUGCGCCAUUGCUUGACAUUGAUUGUAUAUUAAUAUGCUUUUAUAUAGAGCACCAAUGCAGCGAGGAUAGUUAGAGUCAUAUCAUUAAGCCUUCUUCAUCCUAGCCUGCGUGCAGACUUCAAUUUUGACAACAGAGUGUGCACGCAGGCUAUCUUCAUCCAGGCUUCAUGCUGUAUCGAAGAGACACACAAAUCCUAUCUGCUGGUAAAGUUACACUUUUUCAAAAGAGCUUUUCAGGAUAGAUAGGGCUACCCGGAUUGUUUGAUUCAUUUGAAACAUUUGGAAACAGUAUUCUCGGUAAAAGUGUCUUAUUCCCUCUACAAUAAAGUAAAACUCCCGUUGUUUUUCGCUUUCACUAAAAAUUCCUCUAACCCAGAAUCACUUUUUCUGCCUUUUUAUUUUUUUUUAUUUCUUCAACACAGGCGAAAUCGAAGCAACGCCUCGAAUCGUUUUGACUGUAAAACUCUGUUAUUUACUGCAGCCGUUUUUUAUCUUCUUCAGGCACUUUUAGCGCCUGCAAAAUGUCGUAGCUGGGAAAAAUACACUGAAUGGAAAUCAGACUUAAUGCACUGAAUAGAAAUCAGGUGUAUUGCGUUUUGUUAUCUUUCGCUCCUCCACACGCCCUUAGAUACAAAUGGGCGUGGGUCAAAAUUGGAUCUGGCUUCAUGAAUAUCGGUUUGCUUUCAAGCACUUUCUUAUUGCUAAGGAAGCUGAAUCGAAGUGGAAAAAGAUACAAACUCUAGGCCACUAAGAAUUUUUAUGCAUUCGAACAUCUUUUUGUACUGAAUAGCUCUGGCAGGUUUCUGCACUCAGUAAUAUAAUACUUAUUUGAUGUCGUUCAUACAAUCAAAAAGACAUUCAUGGUAAUAUGAAUAUUUGAUGCCGUUUGACAAAUAUUUUCUAAGUCUAUUUCCUUCACAUCUUGGCAGCAUUGUUCGUAAAGUUCGAAAGCCGUUGUCUUCACAUCAAAAUCAACUGAUGUAAAUACGCAAUAACCCUUGCCAAAUCAUCCAAAGAAGGAUGUACACCAUGCAUUUCCAGUUGCUUCUGCUCUGCUUAACUGGACUGAUGUGGUCUUUCAAGGUCUCCGCAGCAAUGAACGAUGAUUGUCUAUCCUAUAUCGAGGACGGAAGUUGCUGCGCCGAAAGGUUCCUUUUUGGAGGCCAUAAUGCAACAGCGUGCUCCAUUUAUAACAAGGUUAGAUACUGUAAAAAACCAGGAUCAGAUGUUAAGAAUGUCUGCAUGGGCCAGAAAAUGCCAGGUAUACGCAACGGCUAUCCCCUCGGUAUGAUGUCUGGUGCUGUGCUCCAGAAUCAAAUAUUUGUUUCCAAUUCCAGCGGUUUCCCAAGGUUGUACGCAAACGAAUGGACUACGUUGAAAGAGUAUGCAGAAACUCACGCAGCUGUGAUUAACUGCUUGAAAGGGUUAACUCAGAUACCGAUUUUUUUACUACGAGCUGCUCCGGUCUUUUUCCAGGUUGACUUUUUCCGCGCAAAGAAGAUGACGUUCUUGAUAUUAACUAGCAAAUUGUUGAAUGCCGACGACAAAAGGCGAAUAGCACUGAGCUAUCGUGAUAUUACAGGCCAAAUCCAAGGAUACAGUGAUGAUGGCUUAUAUGCCAAGAUCCUCGAAUGUUCCACUGGUACAAAUGGAAAUUCAAAGAACGGCCACGAGUGUCGCUGGAAGCUGAAACCUUUUCGAGCGCAGUCAUUAAGGAUUGUUUUCACUUAUCAGUUGACUGAUGAGAGUUACGAAUUCGCAAGCGAGCUAGGUGGUUUUGACUAUAUGGAAGCUGAUCAUCAGUGGCAAUUGGAUACAGUGACAAGCCAAGGCGGUUCUGUUAGCUUUGAAGAUGAACGUGGAAACUUGCCAUUGCAAACAGACAUAGUAGCCCCAGGAGAAUCAUACUACGGUGGAGAUGGUGCUGUUUUUCAAGACACAAAAUUCGCCAACACGCAACAAAUGGCAAAUUUCGAUUGUCUGUUUGAUCCUGCUCUCUGCAAAUAUGGAUUGUCCAUUGCUUUCCAUUUAAAAGCGAGCACUGCAAACUCAGGGAAUUUGUUGAUCACUUCUGGCCAAGACGAUUCAGUUAGCUGUGAUGGGGGCAAUAGCGUUGGUUUCAAAAUCUGUUUGAGUAUGAAUAGAGAUCUUAAAGUGGAUUUUAUAUUGCAAGAUCGAAUGUAUACUGUUUCGUCCACUUCACAAUCGAUAGCAGUAUGGGGAAUGUAUGUUGUGACUUGGUCCCUGGAAACUGGCAUAGCUGCAUACUUCAAUGGACAGCUGAGAGCUCAGUCGAAUGUUGCAGUUGCUGGCUCUUUCAUUCCCGCGACACGCAUGAUAUCUGUCCGUUCUAAUGGCCUGAAAUCUCAUGUUUACAACCUUCGAAUUUGGAAAUUCACGCUUUCAAAGGAUGAAGUCAAGGAUAUUCAUAAUCCAGGUUCAGGUUGGUUGGCGGUGAGAAAGAGCAACUUUCAGAAGUACCGGCCGGAAUCAUGCUUCCAAGCUAUGCAAGCUAAUGCUAAUCGUACAGGCACUUAUGAAAUAUUUUAUGGAAAUUCCUCGUUCCAACUUGGUUGUGUCCGGCAUGGAAAUGGGGCACGUUUUUAUCUGUACCAUCGUCAGCUUCCUAAAACGGCGAAUGGACCAAUAACUACCCCGAUUGAACUGAAAUUUGACUACAGUGUGUCCACGGAACAGAUGGGUCGCAUUAUUGGCUCAGCCCAAAGUUGCACCCAAAAAGUUACCUAUAAAUGCUCAUAUGCUUCUAUAACUGAUAAUUUGGAACUGAAAGGACGCAAUGGGGUAACAAUAAACCAUUGUGUUAGUCCAGCAUCAUGUAACUGUCAGGUGGCCACGGCGACCGAAAGUACUGAUGCACUGGUGUAUAAUGACAUGAGCAAGUUGCCAAUAACAAGCAUGACCAUAAAAGGUCUGUCUAUCAAUGCACGCCUUGAUAUCGUUGUCGGUUCACUCGAAUGCAUUUCAGCAAGUGAAGCUGGCAAACCGCUUAGCAUGUCUUUGGAAACACGAGACUCGAGCUUCAUUGUCAAUACAAGUGUGCAGUGUGUCUUUCCUUUCACGUACAAUACUUUGACGUAUUCGGCCUGUAUAAGCAUUGACGCAGAUGCUCCUUGGUGCUCAUUAGAUGCAAUAUAUAAUGGAAAAUGGCGCUAUUGUGAUACUCAAUUGCCAAAAGCUGAUAUAGACUUUUCAGUUAAUUUGUUAACCAACUAUGGUGACUGGAAGAUUGGCAAUGACUGUACUUUGGACUACAACAGUGGCCCUUGUAAAGACGUUACAGGCUCUUCAAGAAUGUCUAGUGAAAACCCGUUGCUUAGAAAACUCUUUUCACCCUCCAAAUAUUCAACCUUCAAAGAUGGUAGCUGUAGAGAUAACGAUUUUGAAAAUGGUGUUUCUUUGCUGUCGUCUGUAACUUAUGAUCUGGAAGGUACAUCGACGCCCAUGAUUUUAGAGAGUGCCCACAUGGUUUUGAGAAAAACCGGUGCUAUGGAUAUGGAAUGCGCAGUGAAUUUAUACGUUGUGGUUCCUCGUGACACAGAGUUUGACGAAUUCAUAACUGAGUGUAGGUACAAAUCUUUCCGUGCUGGGCUUUAUUUCGGCCCAAUUACUUGGAAGUUUGGGCCAAUGGAAAAAUUUUAUGACAGAUCGCCAGAUAUCAAAGACUUGGUAUUGCCAAUUCUUCGAUUUAAACACUCCAACAUGAAGAAAAUGCUGUUCCUUGUUUUUGAAUGGCAAACUUACGUGUGUAAAUUUUCCACUUCGUUAGAAGCUUCCUAUCUCUCCGUUACAUACAAAGAAAAGUUGCCAGAAAAUUAUCUCUACGCUGAUGUUGCUGACGAGAAAUUUCCUGGGAUGCCCCUUGUGUACAAGACAAGAUAUUUUGACCCCACAUCUAAAUGUCUACAGUUUUGGUACUCUAUGAAUAAUACUGGCAGCAGAUCUCUAUUGGUCAACAUACAUCGUAAGACAAGCGCCCAUCUCUUAUUGAAAAUAUCUGACAGCCAAGGUCAAUACUGGAAGAAGGCUACUGUUCCCUUAGAGGCAUUUUUGAAUGAUGGAGAAGACCUGUUUCAAAUAUCAUUCGUUGCCUCUGGUGGUUCCAGCAAUGCCAAAAGUAUUGCGAUUGAUGAUAUCAGCUUUUCGAAGGAAAGAUGUUCUCUUGUGCCUGCAAAUCAAUACGACCUUGCAAGAGGGAAAAGUGUGGCAACUUCGGGGAUACAAAGUUUUGUGAUGAAUGGCAAUUGCGAGACAGUGACUGGUGAAUGGCUUAUGAUAGAUUUAGGAAGUCGUCAUAAGAUCACUACUAUACGUAUUGUCAAUAACGGAGGAGGAAAUUUGGUAGAUUUGGGUGUUAAAGUCGGCAAUACCUCUCGUGAUAUUCAACAGACAAUUUUGUGCCAGAGUUAUAGUGGUUCAAUGCGAUCAGCGAAAGUGGCUCAUAUCCCUUGCAACAGUGUCAUUGGUCAAUAUGUCUUCAUCGCUCCUGCUGCUCUUUCUGGAGGUUUCACAAUUUGUGGAGUUGAGGUGUAUUCAAUGCCAGAUUUCCUGCCACGUCUUCUGACCCUUAUUCCCUUGGAUCAUUCCUACUACAUGUAUGGAUCUGGGGAAUCCUCUUUGUUCCAGCAACCAGCGCUUGUGAAGCCGACCCUCGAUAAGUAUGGUUAUCCUCUUAUGGCUGGUUAUUUUAAUGGAAGUAGCCAUAUCACCGUGAAUUUCGGAAACACAGUCGAGAUUUCGGCUGAUUUCACGCUCUGCUUUCACGUCAAACCAUUAAAGGUAGACACGUUUCGUUUGUUUACACUGAAAGGAGCAAAUGAUGAGCUGACCGUGGCAAUGGAGAAGAACAAAACAGUUUCAUUAAGAUUUCUUACAACUGAAGAUACCUACAUGGAACUUUACACACCAGAAAUUCUUUCCAAUGCGACCCUCUGGCAGUACAUCUGUUUCGUUCAUGAGGAUCACCUUGGGACAAUAAAUAUAUUCAUAAAUGGCAAAUUAGUUGCUGAGAAGGAUACUGGUUUCGCUGUACCAAAAGUUGCUGCAACCAUGGGUGUGCUUGGAGAGAUACUUUCCGGGGGCGUCUUGGCAGAAGCAUCGCUUUCUUGCUUGCAACUAUAUGGUCAAGCCUUUGAUAGAUCUGUCCUCAAAACUCUCGAUCUUUGCCCAAUUCACCAUGUUAAAGACGCUUGCUCCAGCGAUUGCUCAAGUCCCUCAAUCUGCAACCAACUUACCAAAAAAUGUGAAUGUCCAAGUUUUGCCAGCAGAUUUGUCACAGAGAAGUGCACCAGUGCCAUUGAGAGUACAGUUUACAAUGGGAAGAUUGUAUACCAUUCCUUCGAUGAUGUAGAGUACCCCUUCAAAUUCUUGCCAAAUUUUGCACAUGCCACGAAUAAAGUCAUACCAGGCUACAAACUGUUUAGCAAGAUGUCUCGCUUCUAUAUCCCUGGACCUGUAAAUGCGGCAGGUUGCUUUGCAAAGGCAGCUGAAACGAACAUCGAAAUAUCAGGGCCGUCCUGCUUCAGCAGUGAAGGUUGUGCUAGUGGAUCAACCGUUGCAUUUUGGUUUAUGGUACCCCCUGUGCUUGACUGGAACGCGCUUGGUAACGUAACGCUUUUCACUUACGGUAGACUUAAGGUUAUCUACGGCGUUGUUAAUGACAUGCGCAAUGGAACUACCAAGCCAAUCCCAUCGCUGAUGUUCGCCUAUACACAAAAUGGCGAAACCUGGCUUUGGGUAUCGAUGAUAUACGGCAGCUCGAUAACCGAAGCUUGGUCUCAUCUUGCCAUCACCGUGGACUCCUCGCACGACGUUCAGGUUUAUUACAACGGUAAACCAAGUUUUGUGAAAAAAUCAGCCAAAGUGGAACCAGCUGAGACACAAAUUACAAAUUUAGUUAGCAGUCACCUUAGAUUAACAUGCAUGGACGAAUUGGUUGUAUGGAAUAGAAUCCUUGGUAAAAUGGAGAUCGAGAACAUCUAUAAUGCGACUAUUUUCGGAGGUCAGCAAGCCAUCCGACAGCACAUUGACAUCAAGAAACUAACGCAUCAGGAAUCAAAGGGUCUCUGGGCUUUAGACAAAUCCGGUGUUCUUUACAAGUAUGUGAAUGAGAGUUGGUUUGCUGUAUCAGAUAAGGGCAUGCGUGCUGUUCAUGCUGGUCCUUUGGGUGUUUUUGCAGUAGACCAGGAGAACAACGUUCUGAGAAACAACUACUCAUUAGACACACAAAAUGUCUCAUCGUGGCAUAAGUACACUUUAGAAGCCGGAUUUUGGGGUGGAAUCAUCGAUAUCACAUCACUUGGAGAUGGCUUACUCUUUGCAAAGAGCCUUUACCGGUGGCAUUGUUAUGACUUUCGAUCGGCAGCAAUAGCUACGAAAUGGGAACCUCUCUAUAAAGAUGGUUCGACCAUACUCUUAACUUCUGGACAGUUGGUGUGUCGCGAGUCUAUGCCCUAUGAACGAGGACUGUGCUGGAAACCAAACAGUGCAUUGCCUACAACAAACCUGGUAGCUGCACACAAAAAUGGAGAUUGCAGAAUAUAUACAAGAACUGACUUGGGAAAUGUAAAUCUACUAGUGCCCAUUAAGAGGAUUUCAUUUGGAAAUUUCCAGUCUUCUCCAUACGUGCUAAUGAGUGAUAGUUCAGCUUUUGCUGAGCUGUUGUUGAAACCAGAUGAUAACUUUGAAACAAAGCAUCGCACGGAGCAUGGAAAAUUUGAAGACAUUGCAUCAAUUUACGGGCUUCCUUUUGGAAUUCGUCAGAACGGGGAUAUUUUUGCCUUGAAGAAAGUUGAGCCGUUUCUUUUGGUCAACCAAGGUGGGAAAUGUUUACAAAAAAAGGCAAAUUUGGAAACUUUAACUUUUGGCCAAGUUUGCAAUGAGCUGUUUUAUUUCGAUGAAAAAAACUGCCUUAUUCAUUUAAAAUCAGAACGUAGGCUUUCUUUUGAUGAGAUUCAAGUCAAGAUCAAGGAAAAUACUUGCAGCGAAAAUGACGUCGUUGUUUUCCAUAGUGAUGGAACACUCCGCCGGAAGAAUUUUCCAGACCAAUGCAUUGCUGUUAAUGACAAUAAUGUAUUGCUAAAGGAAAAACAAUGUGACAGUACUGCUAAAUUUGUUUUACAGACAGUGAGUCCGUUUAAAAAACUAUCUAGUUUCAAUCUGGUGAAUUCCACGUACACCGUAGAGAACGCCGAAGUCCGCGUAGAAGUGAAAGCAAAAUUCUUGGUGCCUACCAAUCGAGAGUUAUUAGACUUCCGAAAUCCAUUUUCACCUUGGACUAGAUUCGCUUGCCAUAAAAUUACAAAAGAGCUCAGUCAACAGUUUGCCGCGAACGUCAACUAUUUAGGCGCUCAAUGUGGCAUUUUCGGCACUUCGAUCUGCGAUGAUAGUCAGUGUCCUUGGGAGUCAACGCUUUCUCUUAAAUUUCGAUACCUUGGGGCAGAGGAAAAAGCUAUUAUGAGUUCUAGGAAGUUCUCUGGCCUUUGGACAGAUUGCCAAGGAUGGCUGUGUCAGUACAAUUUUCCCCAUCAGGCUUUAGGGGUUGACUUAAGCCCAGUCAAUUUAUGGGUGGCAAAUAUCUCUUCGUUUUCUGCAAAUUUGAAUGCUGUUGGUGACUUCAAAAGCACUGGAUUCGCUGCGCAGGGGCAUAACGUGACGAUAGAAGGGAGAUCCAAGUUUGUCAAAAACUGGAUUACUACUGUUAGAAUAGCCGUGUUUAAGACCGGGGGUGUCAUACCCCUCAAAGAACUUUUGCCCUACUUCACCUACAAGAUAAUCGUACAACCAAUUUUUGUGCGAGGAAUUGGCCGGCCGGUUGAAACAACCUUUGACACCUUGGAAAGCAACCCUACUGAAGCGCCUGGUAUCAAUGUAUACGACAAAGAUCGCACAAGUAUUAAAUUCAAUAUUAUUGCUAUUUCAAUGACGUCGUGGAGUGGUUUUCCUAUCGGGUAUCGAGUCUAUUACCAGUCUUUGUUGAAUCUCAGCCUUCCAAUUCUGCUCAAUGACACAGAUGCAAUUGCGGCCACCCAUCUCCAUAUCAACAUAACAGACUAUCCCAAUGUUCACGGAGAACUCAACAGUCUUGAAGAUUUUACAAAUUAUUCUAUUAUUGCUUGUGCCUAUAACAGUUUUGGAGUUGGACCGAUGACUCAAGUAUUCAACAGAACAAUGCAAGGAGAACCUGAAGUACCACCGCCAGGUUUUAACUUGGCAUCUCUAAACAGCACCCACAUCCAAGCAAGUUGGUCACCAAUGACGUCGGAUAUCGAGCUUCUCAAUGGAUGGGUGUUGUCGGGCUACACUGUCGUAUUGAACGAGCAAAAUCUCCCGAGUCUGUAUCCCGAUGACCACUUCCCAAUAACAACUAUUCUUUCGCCGGGCAACCUGACACUUACGUUUGGGCCUCUCGAAGAAGGCCGGGAUUUUAGCGUGUCUGUUGCUGGCAAUGUUGAAGGUCGGGUUGGAAUUCACACAAUGUUGUGUGUUCGGACAAGAGAAGCAGUUCCGACAAGUCGACCAGUGGUUUCCGAUUUGAUCAAUGUUACAUCGGAUGUUAUCCUGUACAAAGUCGGCUGUUCUGCUAUAAAAGGUGAAAACGGUGUUAUCCUCUACUACAAUGUAACGGCCACUGACAUAGUCACAAACAUCACAAGUCAUUACACAGCACAUAUCGAAGAGAAACAGUGCCUACCCAGCAACGGCACUUGCUUGGAUAGGGCAUCUGAUUGCAAUUUCCGCGAAAGAAAUGAACAUAUUUUCAACAGAUCUUAUUACGAAAACAACCAUUCUUGCCAAGCCGCAAAAACAAAUUUGCGAAAUACAGCAUUUAUCGUUAUGCAUCCUUUAGAUAACCUGAAGUUCUGGACAAACUAUAGUGUGCGUUCGGCCCUCUGCAAUAGUGUCGGAUGCGGUCCUUAUAGCAAUCCGAUCUUCAUACGAACAGAUGAGCACGCCCCGACAUGCGCUCCGAAUAUUACCGCUAUUCAAAAUACGUCAUCAACUUCAAUGUUCAUCUCAUGGCUCGAGAAUCCGGUGCACUGCACUCAUGGUGUUCUAACACACUACAACGUUUUCUUUGCUCUCGAAUCAGAGUUAUCAGGAAUGGAAUGUUUUAAUACGUCAUCUUGUUGGGACACCUUUAACCCAACUAUGAAAAAAACGAAAUUUUACGUCACAAAUAUAACAAGCCUAAACGUGUCAUUUACUCAAUUAAAGAAGUAUAAAAGCUACUGUGUAUUUUUGCAAGCUGUCAAUAUAAAGGGACGUGGUCCUGCAUCCGUCAGAUUCUGCAAUCAUACAGCAGAAGAUGCCCCUGAAGGCCCUCCAAGCAACGUUUCUGUAAAGCCAAGUGGUAGUAGCAAGUUAAAAGUGAUCCUGACGCUGCCUUCGGAUGACAUUGUCAAUGGAAUAAUCAAAGGGUACACCGUACAAUACUUUAAGUGCGACGGAGAUGGAAAUCGUUUGGGACCAACGAAUUCGACUGUUAUUCUCCGCAAUCCUGACGAGGUUGCUACUACCGGAUUCAUUCAAAAAUUGACAAUCUUUACCUGGUAUAAUGUGUCUGCUUCUGCAUUCUCUUCUGUUGGUAGUGGGCCAUUUGGUUUCAAGACGAUGCUUACAAGAACACAGGAAGAUGUUCCAUCUGCUCCUGUUCGCAAUAUAACACCUGAAAAGACAAGGAGCAUAAGCACUGACAUCCUGUUUCAACAGACAGCGCCAAAAGACCUGAACGGGAUAUUUCGAAAAUUUGUUUUGACACUGGUAGAAUGGAGGCGUGAUAACGUAAAGAAAAACUAUACUGUAAAUUUAUUGGCCUCAAACGUUACAUCACCCCCUGCAAUCGUACCUACAACUGGCGCAUCCACUGGUCCACUUAUGGCGAACAGCAGCGGUAAAAGCAACAUACAGAGAGCAUUCGCCUUCUUUACAAUUAACAGUCUCGAUUCAAAUGAGAUCACAAAUCUCACUUUCAAUUCCAGUUCGACCUACUUUAGCAUUGGUGUGUCAGGACUACUGCCGUACACGAUUUACGAUUUGUAUGUUUCAACUUGCACGGCUGUUGGCUGUGGGCCUUAUGGAUCAUCCACCUUCCAGACCAAUGAAAGCUUGCCCAUUGCUGCACCUGUGAUGCACUCUGUUGCGAGAAGGGAAACUCAUUCGUUGACGAUUUCAUGGGAUGAAUUAGCCAUAAUGGAUCAAAAUGGAUUGAUUGAAGAGUAUCGUGUCAGGUACAUGAAGAGUUGUGAAUACGCCCGCCUUAUUAGAAUGCCUGAAGUUGAUGACUGCGAAAGAGUGAUUUCUGAAGACAUCAAAGAGUUCCAAGUACGUACGAGAGACAGCAACGGUACCGAGCUAACCCUCUAUGACCUUGCCCCCUACACGUUCUAUUAUUGUGAGGUAUGUGCUAGAACAAGUGCUGGAUAUGGACCAUGUGCAAAUCAGACGUAUCGCACUGAUGAAGGAGUACCUGUAGAAGCACCAGCGAUAACUGACCUUUUAGCAACAUAUGGAACUUCCAUCAAUUUAUUCUGGGAUAACGUACAGCCUCCUUCGCAAAAUGGUAUAAUAAUUGGCUACCAAAUCAAAUAUCAACAAACGUCACUACUGAGCGUGUCCGAUGAAAAAUUCAACGUAAUCAAUGUGACGUCAAUUCCACCACCAAACAGUUACGAGGUGACAAAACUGGCUCUCAAGUCGAAUAAUACAUUCAAAAUAGCAGCCAUGACGUCGAAAGGAGUUGGUGUAUUCUCUAAAAAGUAUUACGGGGAAUCUGGGGAUUAUAGACAUGGCAAUUGGUCGCAAUGGUCUAACUGGAGCCCGUGUAGCAAAAGCUGCGGAGGUGGAGAAAGUAUCAUGCGCAGGGAUUGUAAUAACCCCACACCCUACAAUGGUGGUUAUGACUGUGUAGGAGUGAACAAUCGAACUAAGCAAUGCAACAAAGAGAUCUGUAGUGGAUAUUACAUUGGUGGGUUGGAACAGAGCUGCACUACAGCUUGUAGGAAUAUCUCCUUCUACUGCAAUGUGGAUAUGGUCAUGGAUGGCACCACAGCCCCAUUUGAAAAGCUGGGUGUCACGUGUACAGAUGACACUAAUGCAAAAUACAGUUCGUUGUACCAUCCAAGCCAUUCAGAUGGCAAAUGUGAAGGAUAUCAAGGCCUACCUAAAUUGUUAAACUGCACUGCCAAACCACCAGUAGAUGGGAAGACCAAACGACUUUGUGACUGUGUUUCACCUGGUGACUGUGGUUGCUCUCAGUGGGGCACUUGGAGCUUGUGUACUGUUGAAAAGUGCGGAGGUGGUGUCCAGAGUCGCACACGGACCUGCCUGAGCAAACCUUGGUGUCCGGCUGGUAGUUCGAUCCAACGCGUUGAAUGCAACACUGAUCCGUGCCCAGUUGACGGAAACUGGGGUCCGUGGUCUGCUAUUACGGCUUGCAAUAAGACGUGUGGUUAUGGCUAUAGACACCGGUACAGAAAAUGCAGUAAUCCGGCACCAGAGCAUGGUGGAACCAAGUGUCCCGGUCCGUCUGUCUAUGUUAUACCAGAAUGCAAUGUGCACGUGUGUCCAGUUCAUGGUAAUUGGGGGAAAUGGGGUGAGUGGCGCCCAUGCGAUGCACCUUGUGGAACUGGUUUAAGUAAAAGAAAAAGAUACUGCAACAACCCUUCCCCUAAGUAUGAAGGAAGAUCCUGCGAAGGUGAAGACACUGAGUGGAAGAGGUGCUCCUCUAACCCUUGUGAAGGCGUUGAGGUGCUUUUUACAAUCAAACUGACUGAUAUAGAAUGGACCUUUGAAUACAUUUAUCCUGGCAAGCAGGUGACCCAGGAGUUGACAGCCCUUUGUGCGUCUAAUGUCCAUGCGCUGUAUAAUAAUUCAGCGAUCAUCAAGAGAGUAAACAUGCUGAAUUUUGCAAAAGGAAGUGUCAUUGCAAAUUUUACGAUAUUUUACGUGGAAGUUAGGCAAGCUGAAAUUCUGCUGCUCCAGGAUUAUGUUUCAACUACAGGCAAACUCUAUAACUUGUCAACAACAGUUAAAGAAGUCAGGCCUAUACAAGUUGUCACAGAUCCACCUGGAAAUCUGAGUGCUGUCUCACACAGUCCCUUUACAAUGCAGUUGUCUUGGACUCCUCCGUCAAACAUUGAAAAUGUUGUAAAUAUCUCUGGAUAUUAUGUUUUCUACAGACAGUUUGAUAGUCCUCCAGGAAAAUGGGAUGUAGCUGGCGUUCCUGAUCUACGAAGUAAAGAUUUCACAUUAACGGAUUUGAAGGCGUUCACGAAAUAUCGGUUCAGAAUGACGCUUGCUGUCACCAGUGGCAAUGGCCCUGCAAGCGAAGAAGUCAUCAGCUCUACGAAAGAAGGAGUUCCGAGCGUUGCACCGAAAGACUUCUCUCUACUGGCUACAACUGCAUCGAAAGUUUAUGUCCAAUGGUCCAAAAUACCCGACUCAAAGUAUCAUGGCAGUAGACUCGGGUACCAAAUCAAGUACAAGCCGUAUAACAAGAAAGAUUUUGAAAUCAAGACCAUCCCGAGUUACCUAGCUGAGGUAACCAUUAGUAACCUCAGGGCUUUCACUUUAUAUUAUUUUGAAGUUGCUGCGUACACUGGGGCUGGGCUAGGACCCCCGGUGGCUGAUGUUCUCAAAACCCCUGAAGGAGCUCCUUUGAUCUCACCGCCAAAUUUCGCUAUAAAACCGAACAGCAUCUCCACAACUUCGUUGGUUGUCACGUGGGCCGGAAUUUCUGACGACGACGCGAACGGCAUUCUGCUUGGUUACAAGAUCAGAUACACAUUAAUCAAAGUAUCUGGACAGGACUCUGUCGGAGAACGAAUCACUAAAGUGAUUGAUCUUGACAGAUUUACAUUCUUAUACAAAAUAACAGGCCUCCAGAGCUACACAACAUAUGAGGUCAGUGUCUCUGGCUAUACUGGCGGCGGUGAAGGGCCCUACUCCAAACCACUAGAAGCAAGAACAUGCAAGUGUCCAAGAAAUGUGUUCCUGAAUUGGUAUUCCAAUCCACCUUAUGUUGAGGAUUCACCAAGGAAACAAAUGACGGGUAUCAUGGCCGACUUAGUCAAAAGCAUGAUCAAAUCUUCGUGUGGAGAAUGCCAAAAUGAAGAGUCCACCAUUUAUGAAUACCAGAGUUUGUCUGGAGAAAAUCCAGUGAAGAAGAAUGAGCUAGAGGUUAAAGGAUCUAUUGGUAAAGAAUUCCAUGUGUCCUUCCCCGUAUUUGGGUAUUCCAGCAUUACGCGAUACAUGGAGUACCAUGUGUUCAUUUUGUUUAUCGAAUCGCUGGGAAGUGCAACAAUCGUGAGGAAUGAAGUCGACUACGCUAAAAAGACUAUCACUGCCUUCAAAUCGAUUGUGAAUAUCUGGCCAAUGUAUUUAAUCACGUUUUUGAUCACCGGGGUGUUUGGCAUUUUCAUCUGGCAAUGUGAGCGCCAUGGGAAUGAAGAGUUUUCGCAAAGCUACAUCUUGGGUACGUUUCAAGGUUUCUGGUGGGCAUUCAUCUCAAUGACAACUGUUGGGUACGGAGAUAUAACUCCAAGAACAAUCAAAGGCCGCAUUGUUGCGAUUAUAUGGACGCUAGCUGGCCUGGUCCUCUCUGGUAUCCUUCUUGGUGCCCUGACCUCAUCGGUGACAUCAUUGACAUUGCCCCCAGAAGUCCAGCUGUAUGGAACUAAUUGCGCUGCUGUCAACAAUUCUUUCGAGUACAACUUAGGAGUGCGACGAAACAGCAACGUAAAUCCGAAAAAGCAAUACCAAACAAUAGAACAAGUUUUGGAGGCCCUGCGGAAAAAAGAAGUGGAUAUUGCAUUGCUGGAUGCGUUUACUGCCGCUGGCUUGCAAAAACGCCUUACCGCUAAAGGCCUGAAAGUUAAGAAAAUAAUCAACGCCAAUGCCGGAUACGGCAUUGUUGUGUCUAAGGAGUUUGUGAGGCUUGAAAGAGAUUUCAGGAGUUAUAUUGCGUCAAACCAAGGAAAAAUUGCUAGCUUUACAUCAAACAUGACAGCUGAACUUGAAAUUGAUAACACUCCACAAGAAGUCCCAAUGCUUUUCGACCCUUCAACUGAUAUCUUCAAGCAAAUGCUACAAACAGAGGGAAUACUUCUUGGCGUCUGUACUCUUGCUGGCCUAAUCUACACUUUCAUCCAGUUUGUGAAGAAGAGAAAAGCUAAAAUCAUGUCUCUUCGAGAGAUACAAUUGAAAAAGAUGGAGGCUUUUGACAAAUCUGUAGACGAUUUUGAAAAGCGUGUCAAUAAUAAAUUGGAUCGUUUAUCGGAAGAGCAUCGUUGUGAGAUGAAUGAACUGUUCCGGCUGAAAAAGAGUUACCAACGUCAUUUGAAACGACGGUAUCCGACUUAUAUGGAGCAGAUUAUUGGGAGCAGGUAGAUCUUUACUAAGGUCGGUGAGAUGGUUAUCGAUCUUUUAUUGAAACAAAAAAAAACACGGUCAAAAGACCAAACGUUUGUAAAGAUUCUACUUUUGUGAAUAUUUAUAAUGUCAACAAAAAUAAGUCAUGUUUGUAUAUAAUAACUUUCAGAUAACGACCUGCAAUGCAGGAAAAUUGCACUUGAAGUAAUGAAAUUACCAAAAAUUGAACUACAAAUAAACUGAAAAUUUUUAAAUGGAUAUUUAGUUUAAUGACCUUUAGAGAUGCCAAGUAAAGAGGAAGUUUGUGUCCUGCUUAAAGGCGUUCAUUAACUGAUAUAUUUACCUGGCAUUCUAAUAUUGCCUUGAGUCAUCUCGUAUACGGGGCCACAUAAGCUUGUAACGAAAACUUUUGUUAGUAGAAGAAUUCACUGAUAAAUUCGCCUCCCAUCUCUAAAACUGUCUAGAGCAAUCUUCUCUACAUGGGUAAAUAAGCUAAACAAAUGCUUUGUUUGAUCCAUAAUUCCAUUAAAAACGUGAUAGUAAAAACUUCAUACAGUAAAACAUGCGUUAAAUAAACAGUUGUCGUGUUCCAACACCAUUUCUGCAGUUAGGCCUCUAACAGACCCAUCCACACUGCGGACAUUUACUCCAUGCCCCACAGUGCUCGUCCAUCCCUCUAUCAUUUCUUUAUUUGCUGAUGAUUUAAAUACUUAAAGAAUACGUUAAAAAUAUAAAGAAUAAGUUGAGAACUUAAAAAUUAAGUUAAACAAUUGCAGAAAAAGUUUAAAACUAAAGAAUAAGCUAACGAUCUAAAAAAUGAGUAACCAGGUAUCUAUAUCCUAUUGUUUUUUAUUGUAAAUCAACAAUAUAACCUGAUUAUUUAAUAUAUUCUCUAAAACAUUUAAAAAUAAUUCUUAGCUGUAUAUCUGCUAAAUAAAUUGUCAAUUAUUACUGUUUUAUUGCCUUAAAAUAUCUGUAUAGUUUUUUUCACAGCCAAAGUUAUAAUCAUGAUUCUUGUUGCGAUGUUUUGUCGUUUUACAUGUUUGAAAUUUUCGUAUUUGCGCACGGCCUACUGUCUUCUAUAUUUAAUGUACACUGACAAAUACUGAAAAAUAGAUUUUCUACCACCA